AUAUAAAUCGGAUGUUCAACAAUUCCUCUGAAUAUCUUUUAUUUUCAAACAGCAUGUUUGAUGUCAACUUCCUACAGGUUUCUAAUGGACUGGAUCCGGGGAUCUCGCUGACCACUCCGUAAAACCAUGAAGCUGAUCGCUUAAUGCUCCCCACUGCAUUCAGUCAUUCAUGAACUGAUGGUGGCAACCUGCUGACUGUAGCCAGAGCUGUCCUGAGGCACUCUGACAGAAGUGAGGUUGCCAUACACUGGUGCCACCGGGCCGCCUGAUCACCACCAGCAGGCAAGGAAGUGACGCGUCUUGCCAAUGGACACAAUGACCGAGAUGGAUGGAGCAGGGGAACCGACUGAACAGCAGCCUCGAUUCUGUCAGCCAGUCGCAGGGUCUGAAUGAAACGAGUCGGAAUCACAGAUCAGCUCUCUUCUUUCUCAGUUUGAUGUGUUACUGCAUAACUGUCCUUGUAAAUGUUUGUCUUAUUCUGAUCAUCAUCUUGGAUAAUGAGCUCCAUGAACCAAUGUAUAUUCUGCUCUGUGCUUUUUGUAUGAAUGCUCUUUAUGGAACAGCAGGUUUCUAUCCUAAAUUUCUGUCAGAUCUGCUCUCUCCUGUUCAUGUCAUCUCUUAUUCAGGCUGCCUUCUGCAGGCUCAGGUGUUGUACACCUUUGCCUGCAGUGAUCUGUCCAUCCUUUCCCUCAUGGCGUAUGACCGGUAUCUGGCUAUAUGUCGACCACUGGAGUACCACUCUGUCAUGUCGAAGCAGAGAGUCAUGAAGCUGACGUCCUUUUUUUGGUUAACAUCAGCUUUCAUUGUUGCACUCAACCUUUUUCUAACAUAUAAACUAAAGUUAUGCCGUCCAUAUAUUAACAGACUUUUCUGUGUAAAUUGGAGCAUUGUGUCACUGGCGUGUUUCCCUAGCGAAACCUCUAUUAAUGAAAUUGUUGCAAACAUUACAAUACUAAUUUGUAUUCUUUGUGGUGUCUUCAUUGUUUGGUCAUACAUGUACAUCAUUAAAAGAUGUGCCAGUUCUAUGGAAAACCGGGCAAAGUUCAUGCAAACAUGUGUGCCACAUUUAAUUUCCUUGUCCACCUUUAUUCUAACUAUUUUGAUUGAUAUUAUUAAUAAUCGACGUAGUUCUGCAGAUUUGGCCAAGACUUUGCAAAAUUUUAUUGCUAUGGAAUUUCUUGUCAUUCCUCCCUUCAUAAAUCCACUCAUUUAUGGUUUCAAACUGACCAAAGUUAGAAACAGAAUUAUUACUUUUGUUACUCUCAGAUGUAAAUAAAUGUAAGCACAUUUCUUUCAGACGUAUUAAAAAGCAAUGCUUUCAUAAACUUUUAUUUACUUUGAUUUUUGCUUUCUAUUUAGUUUUUUUUUUCUGCUCAGAAAUUUUUUUUCUUUAAUUCUUGUUUCAAGGCGGUGAGAGUUAACUUUAAAAAAUUUGUUUAAAAUUUGACUUCAGAAAUGUUUC